UUAUUUGGAAUCAGCUUCUUCGUCCGGCUCUCAUAUAUGUCACGAAAAGUGGGCGAUUCUAAUGUGUCGUCUCAGGACAACAGAAUCCUUGAACGAUGAUAAAUAUUCUUCAAUUAUCUUACCAGAUGACGGGCGCGCGCGUGCGCUUUACAAACGCGUGUUUCUGAAACGUGAUCUGCGUUUAUAAGUAAUUAUGAUGUCAUAAAAGCCAAUCUCAAGAAUGCCAGUGAAGUUUCACUCGUCAGGCGACGCAAUCCUGAGUUAUUGCACCGUAUUCUCAAUGUAUGUAACAUUAUGGAGCAUGGAGCGACAAAGUGAUACCUUACUCUUGCUUCUUUACUACUUUGAUUUCUUUUAUUUUGCGCAAUAUGUUUGUGUGAAGUUAUCCCAAUCCUGGCAAGAUCUUAACAGCGUUGACACGUCCUCCUUGCAGGGGAUUGGGUCCAUAGAGGGUGAUAUAUCCCUGGCUGAAUCGUUACCAUUCUUCACAACUCCAAUAUCCCUGUUGCCAUUCCACGUGGUAUUUAUGAUCGGACUUGAUCGCGGAUGUUUUUAUCAAUUUGUCUGUUUUCUGCGGCUCUUUUCAUUGUACCAAGACGAAAGGAUACAAAUCAAGUGGAAACAGACGGAUACUCCAGUUACAUAUAUAGAUACCGCUCAAGCUACAAUGUCCCAUCCUAUCCCUAUAUCAUCACGUCCUAUCCCAGCAUCACCACCUUCAAUCCCAGUACCGUUACAGCGGGUGGCCAUGGUGUGUCAAUGUGAUUGCCGAAAUGCAGAUUACGAGAAAGAUACUUCGUUCUUGAAAACAGUUAGCUUAUAAACAAUCCUAUCAGUCGCAGCAUAUAAAAUACAUUCUUUAUUUUAAAAUAUAUUUACACUCAGCCAUGUCAUGUC